UGUGCACGUAGCAAAGGAACAUACAUUUUCCAUAUAACACAUAUAUAUAUUUAGUUUUGCCUCGUUUUCACUGUUGUACAAGUUGGCAAUUUGCAUUUUUUUUUAAUUAAUAUUGUUAAUAAUAACAAAAUAAAAAAAAAAUAUUUACUAGAAUAUACUGAUAUAUUUAUAAGGUUUUUGGAUUAAUAUAAAAAUUGUAAAAUUUGGGGAAAGCAUUUUGACAAAAUACAGUGGUGGAAGAAGAAGUUUUGUAUAAAGAUUCAUAAUGAGUGAAUCGAAAGUUUCAUUUAAAAUUACAUUAACAUCAGAUCCAAAGCUACCAUAUAAAGUACUUGCUGUACCAGAAAAUGCACCUUUUACUGCUGUUGUAAAAUUUGUAGCUGAAGAAUUUAAGGUUCCACCUGAAACCAGUGCAAUAAUAACUGAUGAUGGUAUUGGUAUAAAUCCACAACAAACAGCUGGAAAUGUAUUUUUAAAACAUGGAGCUGAAUUAAGGUUAAUACCAAGAGAUCGAGUAGGAAAAAUAAAAUUAAAAUAAUUUCAUAUCUAUAUACAUAUAUGCUUUUCUAUUUUUCAUUAUAUGUAUUUAUAUAUAUGUAUGUAUAUAUAAAUUUUUUUUUAAGUCAAAAAUUUAUUAAAUGUUAAAAGAAUUAUUGGCAUUAUAAUUAGUUCUUAUAAUAAUCUCUUAGUUUACUAAAUGUUAUUAUAAGAAUUAUUAAAACUUUUUUUUAAUUAAAAUUUUAAAUGUUAUAUAUUUAAAAGCAUUAAUUAAAAAAAAAGAAUUCAAAAUUAUUAAUAAAAUUUUUACAAAUGGAAUUAUUUGGUCAAAAAAAAAUAAAU